CCGCCCCGCCCCCGCGAGGGCAGUCGAAGUGAAGUAGGGCCAGUCAGACCCUCAGGACCACCAGGUAAACUGGGUGUGGUUGGUGAAACUGGUCCAAAGGGUGAACAGGCAGGUAACCCUGGGGAGCCUGGCUUGAGGGGGCCUGAAGGAGCCCGGGGGCUUCCUGGAGAGGAAGGACCUCGAGGACCGCCUGGACCACGAGGCGUGCAGGGAGAACAGGGUGCCACCGGCCUGCCUGGUAUCCAGCACCCUCCAGGUAGAGCACCCACAGAUCAGCACAUUAAGCAGGUUUGCAUGAGAGUCAUGCAAGAGCAUUUUGCUGAGAUGGCUGCUAGCCUCAAGCGUCCCGACUCAGGAGCCUCUGGCCCCCCUGGGCCACCUGGACCCCCCGGUCCCCUAGGACACGGAGAGAAUGGUUUUCCCGGCCGUAAGGGACAUCAUGGCCUCCCAGGCAUGAAGGGUCCCCUGGGGGCUCUCGGUUUGAGGGGACCUGAAGGUGACAUGGGAGAAAGGGGUGAUCGUGGCCUUCCAGGAAGAGGUCCCAAAGAUGGGCCCAGAGCUACAGGUCUCCCAAGUGACCCGGGUCCUGCCAGCUAUGGGAGGAAUGGCCGGGAUGGUGAGCGAGGCCCCUCAGGGGUGGCGGGCAUCCCUGGUGUGCCUGGCUCCCCAGGACCUCCUGGCCCUCCUGCUUUCUGCGAGCCAGCCUCCUGCACCAUGCAGGCUGGUCAGCAGGCAUUUAGCAAAGGUCCUGACUAGUGAAAGGCUUAGCGCUGCACCGCUGUCGGCGUAAACCACGCUUGGAGAGGAAGCUUGGGAGAGAAGCACUGCCCGAAGCGAGGGCAAGGGGACGGUGCCUCACCUUCAGGUUUAUUCUGAAGACCCACCUGACAAUCAGAAAUCCUCUUUCCUUUCCUGUGGACGGGAGCCAGCAGAGCCGUCAGUGGCACAAACAAAACCCCUCCCUUGUAGUAAAUUUACAGUCCUGUCCCCAGGACCUUAGGCCUUAGCGUGCAUACACGUUGUGGGCCACUGCGCCAGGAAGCAAGAACAACGGUUUGGAUACCUCAACUGCGGUGGUUACUUUCCUUUUGUAUUUGGAUGUUGUUCCGGCGCUGUAGAGGAUUACCGGACUAGGUACCAAGAGACCCCACUACGGAUGAUAGAAUCGGUGCUCAAACUCCCCAUCAGUGUGCGCGCUCGGGAGUUGCAGGGAAGGCUGGACCACAUGGAGUGACUUCCUUACAGCUGUGGUGGUUUUCACAGUCGGCGUGGAUUUUUUUGAACUGUACUGCAUCUCCAACCUGUUAAUAUUUUGGGCUCUUCUAUGUGAAAGCAAAGAAGGAAUUUUAAUAUCCUACCAUUCAUAAGUUUUAUUGAUGAGACUAUUUAUUUUAAAGGUUUGAGGUAGCAUCUCUGGUUGUACCAAAGAAGCAAUAAAUACGAUUUCUUAACCUUG